AUGACGUUAGAUUCUUUAGUUCAUCGUGUCAUGUCAUUAUUUAACCUAGUCGUCACCUGGAUUGGUUUACGCGGUUCCAACGACAUCAAUGUGGAAAUCGUAUAUAAAUCAAGCGAUUUUAUUAUCGUCAACAAACCCGAAGACGUGUUUACAAACAAUCAUAACAAAGCAAGGCCGUCUUUGGAUGUAUUACUUGGAAAGAAAUAUCCACAUUUGGUAAACAGCAAUUUAGAACACAGUUUCUAUUUUGUGCACAGGUUAGACUUUGUGACCAGUGGUGUAUUAUGUAUUGCAUUAAACAAACGAGCAUGCGCCAAAGCUUCGGGCGCAAUGCAAAAGAGAAUAUCCCGAAAGUAUUACAUAGCGUUGGUCAGGGGACACGUGUCCAAAGACCAUUUGGAUAUGACUGACUCUAUUGGCUACUGUGCGAGAGAAGCUGAAGGAAAUCGAAAAAUGUGCACCGUUGACAAGGUGUGUUGCACUGGUCCACGGGACGCGCACACCCGGCUAGUGGUUUUGGAACGUGGAGUGUUCAUGUCAUAUCCCGCGACCAAAGUUCUGUUGCAGCUCAUCACCGGCCGACGUCAUCAGAUCCGGGUGCACUGUUCGACGAUUGGCCACACGAUCGUUGGUGAUUACACGUAUAGUGGUCGCAAAGACACGAGUCCGAGUCGGACAUUUCUCCACUCAUACAGACUGGAACUGGGCGUCGACGGUAUAAACGUCCAGACAAUCGACCCGUUUACUAAGGCUAAACUUAACGGUUUGUGGAUCCCGGUGGAAUACAUAAACGGAGCAGGAGACGAUUGUUUUCGAUUAUUUGACAGCUACAGCUGA